AUGCCAGACCCACCAGAGCAUGUGGUGUAUACAGAUUCAGAGUUGGACAUGGUGCGCAGGCAGAACUUUGCAUUGCUCCACAUUGGAAAGGAAAAGGACUGUAAUGAAGAGAAGCAGAGCUCAGAGCCUCUCAGAAUUGUCUUGCUAGGUAAGACUGGCAGUGGAAAGAGCUCUUCUGGAAACACCAUUCUAGGACAAAAAAAGUUCAAAGCUGAGAAUAACCCCAAAUCUGUCACCAAACAUUGUCAGAAAGAAAACGGUGAAGUGGACGGUCGUCCUGUUGUUGUGGUCGACACUCCUGGACUGUUUGAUAACAGUUUGUCACAUGAAGAGAUCAAUGAGGAGAUGCUGAAAUGUGUCAGCCUUCUGGCUCCAGGACCACACGUCUUCCUGCUGGUGUUAAAGACUGAGAGAAUCACACCAGAACAGAAGGAAGCAUUAAAACUUAUCAAGGAAGGCUUUGGGAAGAAUUCAGAAAAAUUCACCAUCAUUCUUUUCACAAGAGGAGAUUCACUGGAACAUGAGGGGCAGUCCAUUCAUGAUUACAUUGCAAAAUCUGAUGAUUCCUUUAAGAAGCUGAUUGAUGAUUGUGGCAAAAGAUUCCAUGUGUUUGAUAACUAUAAUAAACAAAACCGGAAACAAGUCACUGAGCUGAUAACAAAGAUCAAUGACAUGGUCAAAAGAAAUGGUGGAAGUUGCUUCACCAAUAAGAUGCUGCAAGAAGCUGAAGCUGCGAUCCAGAAAAAAACAGAGACGAUUCUGAAAGAGAAGGAGGAAGAAAUAAACAGAGAGAUGGAAGACCUUAAAAGACAACAUGAGGAGGAAAUGUUUGUGUCCCGUUAUGCCUUCUGGCAUCAUUGA